AUGCCGCCUAGAAGUGAGGACUGUUUGUACCUUAAUGUCUACUCUCCCACACAAGGGAAGGCUACAGGUCUAAUGCCCGUCAUGGUGUGGAUACAUGGGGGUGCGUACAUCAUAGGAUCAGGAUCCCAGUAUGAUGCCACGUCGCUAGCAACAAAAGGUGUUGUCAUGGUUACCAUCAACUAUAGACUUGAUCUUUUUGGGUUCUUUUCAACGGAGGACAACACGAUGCCUGGAAAUUACGGAAUGCUGGAUCAGAUUGCUGCUCUUAAAUGGGUAAAAGAUAACAUUGCUUCCUUUGGAGGUGACCCAAAUCAGGUAACCAUUUUUGGAGAAAGUGCUGGAUCGGGAAGUGUCUCUCUCCUGACGUUGUCACCUCUCGCCAAAGGUCUGUUCCACAGAGCGAUCAUGGAGAGCGGUGUUUCUCUUUCUCCAUGGGCUUUUCAAUUUCCCUCUAAUCGAGUGACCGCUCGAAUGACAGCCAGACUGAUCAGCGUGGCAGCUGAGUGCGACGACUUAGAGAAUUCAACUUCGCUUUUGUCCUGCUUACAGCAAGUGGAUGCAGAAAUGUUGCUGAACGUUUCUAUUGCCGUGACCAAUGCUGUAGAUUCCAGUAUUAUAAUGACUCCUAGAGUUGAGACAACAUUUGGCUUCUUGCCAGAGUCGCCAGUUACACUUCUCUCACGGGGAAAGAUUAACCAUAUAGACACUCUGAGGGGAUUCAACAGCGAUGAGCUCGGAGGGAAAAUCCCUGCUUUCAUUCAAAAUCCCCACAAACCAAUUACAAUGGAACUGGCAAAACAAGUUAUGGCGCUUCAACUAAAACAGUUUACCAAUCUACAUCUUCAAGAAGUUUUAAAAUUAAUGCAGGCGACGUUUAUCACAGAUACGUUAAACAGUGACUUACUACGGAGAGAAGCUUUGGAUGCUGCGAACAGUUUUUCAUUUGUGGCUCCAACUCUAAUAGAGCUAAACGACGUUGUGCGCACUGCCCCAGAAAAGAGACACUACAUGUAUGAGUUUAACCACAGACCAAGUUUCAGCAAAGCACCUCAAUGGAUGUCAGCUUUACAUGGGCAGGAGCUCUUCUUCGUUUUUGAUGUCCAGUCGAAAGAGUGGACCGACAGUGGCUUUGGUCCACCGGACGCUACGGACAUUCUGGUAUCUCAACAGAUAAUGGAACUGUGGACCAACUUUGCCAAGACGGGGAACCCAACGUCAACUGUGCCCAAAGGAGGAGUCAUAUGGAACCAGUACAGCCCAGGAACACCGUACUACCUUCGUAUUAAUUCUACUUCCGAGUCAAAACUAUGGUCUAAUCCCCUCGACGUUGACUUUUAUCAGAAACUUCUAGAGAAGAUGACUGGAAGCAAAAUGCCAGUUUCUCCCAUUAUUGGGUAA